UUGACCGGAGUAUUUCAAUGAAUGAGCUUAUGAAACUGUAACUGAUUUGUAUCACUUUGUCAGUAUUUAACUGUUAUUUCCAUGCUGUGUCGUCAGAGAGCAGCAAGGGCUCCCUCUGUCUUCUUCAUGUGAUCCUGAUCUGUCACAGUGGCUGACAAGGAAGCUGACUGCAAACUGCUGGACUUCUUGGGAUUAUUAUUGACUUUAUAACAUGUCUUUUUAUCGAAAUUCGAUCUGGUUCAUGAAUGGACUCCACCAAUACACAAGGAAGGGAUAUGAAACAUCAUCUAAAGACUUUGAGCCCCAAGACUUCAAUGUGUCGGUCGUGGGAAGGACUUUUAUGAUCACCGGAGCCAACAGUGGGAUAGGAAAGGCAACAGCCAUAGCUAUAGCCAAGAAAGGUGGGACAAUCCACAUGGUGUGUAGGAACAAAGACAGAGCAGAAGAGGCCAAGGUGGACAUUGUCAGUGAGUCAGGGAACAUGGAGGUAUACAUCCAUAUUGUGGAUAUGUCUGAGACACGCAAAGUAUGGGAGUUUGCAGAGGCAUUUAAGGAGCAGUAUCAUUCCUUAAAUGUGUUGAUCAACAAUGCAGGGUGUAUGGUGAACACAAGAGAGGUGAAUACUGAGGGACUGGAGAUGAACUUUGCCACCAACGCAAUGGGGGUAUACAUCCUCACCGAGAGUCUCAUACCACUCCUACGUAAGAGCCGGGAUCCAAGAGUGAUCACUGUGUCCUCUGGAGGCAUGCUGGUCCAGAAACUCAGAGUCGAUGACUUGCAGUCAGAGAAGGGCUACUUUGAUGGCGUCAUGGUUUACGCCCAGAACAAGAGACAGCAGGUGGUGCUGACACAACAGUGGGCCAAAGCUUAUCCAGUCAUCCACUUCUCUGCGAUGCACCCUGGCUGGGUAGAUACUCCAGCUGUUUCUGCAUCAAUGCCUCAGUUCCACCAGAUGAUGGGGGAGAGGCUGCGCAGUGCGGAGCAGGGAGCCGACACCGUGGUGUGGUUGGCCUUGUCUAGAGCUGCUGCGAGAACACGCAGUGGGCAGUUCUUUCAAGAUCGUGCUCCUGUUCCUGCCCACCUGCCUCUGGCCUGGACUCACAGUUCUGCUGAAGAGAUUCAGAGCUUCAUGACUCAGCUGGAGACUUUGGCCAGAGCCAUUCUACCUGAUGUAGCACACCACAGUCCUUCCACACCUCCAACUGUAUAAGAUCUGUUACUCCAUAACUGACCAAUUCAAACAUCAAGAUCAAUUUCUGAAAGUCAUAUUUUCAGGGCAGUGCAAUGCUCAGUGUCACCUGAUUGUUAUGUCAACAUGUAAUUGGACUGUGUGCCUCACAAAUGUAGCAAACUAUUGACUUUGAUCGAAUAGCUCAAUAGCAUGAGCGUAUCUGAUUUUCACUUGUGGCUAGCACAUGGAAAGGUGUACCAGUGUUUGUAUUGUGGGCGCAUUAUUCUUUCCUCACUUAGUGCUGGUAACUUGGAAGUUCAAAUGUCUUACUCUUCCCAAAAAGUUACAUUUGUCUCAAAAUAUUGUACAAAAGAAUACAUAUAAACAAAGCAGUCAACACUU